ACUGUAAAGCCAUCGGAAAAUCACGUUGUACAAAAUCUUCUAACAAUCCAAGCUUAUUUGAGAAAAGAGAACACUUCCUUUCAAAAGAAGAACAUUUAAGAAAAUAGCUCGGAAAAUAAAGAAGCUUUUUUCGCAAACUUGCGAUUAUAGUUUCAACUAAAGACAGAAGCUGGAAUGACUGACAAAAGCAGAAACGAAAACAGAGAAGCAUUUGUCAUGGAAAACAUGGACGGAAAGAAGGAGGAUGAAGCAACAGACGAUGUUCCUCUUAAAGCUGAAAGCGUAGAUGUAUCCGUUGCGAUAGAAACUAAAGAAAAAGACGGCGCUACUGCAUCCGGUAAAGAAGGUAGAGAUAAAGGAUUUCGUUCCUGGUUGGCUAAACCACGGGUUAUGUGGUGGAUAGCUGUGCUGGUGGCCAUUCUAUUGAUCACUGUCGUUCUGAUCAUAACACUUCUGGCGAUGGAAGACUCAUCAGAAACAUAUCGGGACAUCACACCACGUCUGAUGAUGGUACAUCCACGACCAGAAGGACGCUAUCAGUUAAUCCAUUUUCGACAUGGAAGUCUUCCUCACGAGGGAGCAGACUGGCCUAACCUUGUCAAUGAACUGAGCAAGUUAAUGUCUAACUACGACUCAAAACAUAAUGUUAAACGAAACAGAACGGAAUGUUUUGGACAACUGCCACCAGAAGGAUAUGCAUGUCUUUUCGAUACCAGUCAGAUAUCGCCAGACUGUCGGGCUAGCAACUUCUUCGGUUAUCAGGACGGAAGUCCAUGUAUUUUCCUUCAGUUCUCAAAUAUCACUGGCUGGGAACCACAGCCAUACAGUACCAGAGAUCUAGAACUCAGGAGAUAUUUACCAAAAGAGCUUCGCUACGGAUACAACCCCGCCUUCGCUUUCAUUGACUGUCAGGGUGACACCGAUGUGGAUAAAGAGAAUAUGGGCCCAAUUCUCUUCAUGCCAGAGCAAGGUUUCCCCGUGAAUUUUUUUCCCUAUACGGGUCAUCCUGAUUAUAUGCCACCCCUAGUGGUGAUACGAUUUCGCCAACCAAAGGUAGGUGUGGCAAUUAGCAUUACGUGUAAACUUUGGGCCAAAAAUGUCAGUCGCCAAUAUGACAUCGCCCCCAGUGGUGUUACACGAUUGACUCUUCUGAUCGAAUAGUUGUGCUGUACGAAAAGUUAAUUUGUUAUGACAGUACCUUCUUUGAUACCAAGAAAAGAGAGGAAUUAGCAGUAAGUGAAGCUUUGUUUUACGACGCGACGCGUGUUUACCUUUUUUUCUUUUUCUUUUUGAAAAACAAUCCUCUGGAUAAUUCUCCUUGUAGUAAGAAAGAAUAUUCCUUCUGAAAGAUGGCUGUUAAGGAAAAAAUGCUGAACAAGAUUGACAUGGGUACGAGACAUAAUGAUUAAAAAUAGCCGUGUUAUAUAUAUCCUUUGAUGAUCUACAUUUCUGCCCUCACUCGUUCUCAACUCACCAUUUAAUGGACAAAAGAAUAUACUAUGAUAAGGGGAUACACAAGAAGAACGAAAAUCAGAAGAGAAAUAUAUUUUAUUUCAAGAAAAAAUACGUGAAUUGUUCUUAGCUUUAUUCUCAAUGAUCGCAUAUUUUGUUUCAAAUGUUCGCGUAAAGCUACACAAGGACUACCUGCGCUAGCUGUCCGUAACUUUGAAUUGAUAGGUAAGAGGGAGGAAAGCUAGUCAACAGCACCCACCACCGUCUUCGGUUAAUAUAAGCCACUUUUGGGAUAUGCCGUCACUCUUAUAACGCACCUACGGCCUCAAGGUGCAGAACGCAAUUUUACUGUUACGGCAUGUGAGCCAUAUAUUCUCAGAUUCUCAGUCCAAGACGCUAAACAUUAGGUCACGCAGAAUUAUAAAUCUGUAUAUACACAGCGUGGUCACAAGUAAACAGACAUCACCUGUUCAGAAAAAAUGAAAAUUUU